AUGGAUAAAGGACUCUUGUCAAAAUGCCCCGGACUGUACUGUGGUCGCGAACUUCUUCCCGACGGAAGCUGGGGCAACUGCAGUGCUUGCCCACGAGGAUUUAGAGCAAAUGCUUCUUCAGCGUGUGUGCCAUGCAAUGACAGUCCUGUGUUUUAUGAUUGGUUAUAUCUUGGUUUUAUGGUUUUAUUAGCAUUAAUAUUACAUUGGUUUUUCAUUGACAUUGUUGCUAUGAGAAGAAGCUUCUUAAAAGAAGUUUUGUGCCUGCAUCUUUCAGCUGUCUUUGAAAUAGUGACUGCAGCUUUUUUAACUUUGUUGUUAUCAGACCCGAUGGGAAGUCUGAACUUAAGAUCAUGUCAUGUGGAAAAGUUAUCAGACUGGUACACACUGCUACAUAAUCCAAACCCAAAUUAUUCAGAGACACUUCAUUGUACUCAAGAAGCAGUAUAUCCCUUAUAUACUAUAAUGUUUAUAUUUUAUGCUCUUGCAGUUGUAUUAAUGUUACUUUUACGUCCAUGGCUUGCUGCACAUUUCCUACCUAAACAAGGUAAAAUGUCGAUAUAUGCUGCAUUGUAUUUUUUUCCUACUUUGGCUUUGAUUCAAGCUGUGUUUGGAGGACUUAUCUAUUACUCAUUUCCUUAUAUAAUUAUUGUGAUUUCAGUGUUUUCAAAUGCCACCCAUUUUGCAUUUAAGUUAGAUCAGUCAAUGCGGUUUUUACUCUUUAGUACUAUAGUUGAAUUUAGAAAUAUGGUAAUUUUAAUUGGUCACUGGCUUCUUCAUGCCUAUGGAAUUAUAGCCAUCACUCAGCUAAAAGAUCCAAUAUUUCAUGCUUCUCUCUUAGCUUUAGUACCCUUACCAGCAGUGUUUUAUAUUUUGACUGCCCAGUUUACUGAUCCAAAUAAGCUUCAUACUGACUGA